AUUUUGAUCAAAUUGAUCAAAAACCUAUAUCUGAUGUUUUAUUUAUAGAAAAAAAUCUACAAACUGAACAAGAAGUACUACAAUCUAUAUUUAUACUAUCUGACAAUACUGAGGAUAUAGAUGAUAACCAAGUUUUAUGGAAAAUAGUUGAAGAAACUGUAAUUGCCUCUGGUUAA